AUGAAGCACAAGCAGCGCUGUGUCUGUGGGGCUGAGUGUCUAGGGAUAGAAGGCUCCUUUCCUGCAGCAGCAGCUGCAGCAAGCGCACUCUGCAGCAGCAGCAGCAGCAACAACAGCAGCAGCAACAGCAGCAGCAGCAGCAGCAACAAGGGGGGCGAUUGGCUGCUGCUGCCGAGAGGCCACCUUCGCCGUUUGCGCAGCAGCUGUGCUUAUAAGUGUUAUGAGGCAGCAGCGACAGCAGCGGAGCUGCUGCAGCAACAGCAGCAGCAGCAGCUGCUACCAGCAGGUGCAGCUGCAGCACCUUUGCUGCUGGAGGUAUGCGCAGCAGCAGCAGAAGUUAUUUUGCAUUGCAAUCGUCGGCGUGGAUUACACCACAACAAGGUAGCGGCGACGCAGCUGCUGAUAUCUGCUGCUGCUGCUGCUGUUCAAGGAGCAGGCCCUCUUGCUGCUAGGCCGUUGCUCCAGCUCCUUCCCUACUGUCUCUGCAACUCCACUGCAGCGCAGCAAAGGCAGCAGCAGCAGCGACAGCAGCAGCAGCAGAAUCCUGCCUUCGCUGCAGCAGCAGGUUCAGGGAGUCAAAGAAGCAGCAGGAGGAAUAGCAGCAGCAAAGUCUGCAGUUUGGAGCUAGAGCGCAGCGGCGACAUUAGCAGCAGCAGCAGCAGCAACAGCAGCAGCAACAGCAGCACAAGACCAGGUUCUGCUUCCUCUGAUGAGGAGGAGGAAGGCAGCUGCUGCCGCCGCUGUGUCCCCUUAACUUGCUCAGAUUAUUAUCUGUUGGAGACAGCAGCAGACACACUUGCUGCUGCUUCUGGUGCUGCUACUUCUGCUGCUGAAGGAUGUACGCCAGUCGAUGUGGCUGAGGCAGCUGCUGCUGCCUCUGCUGCUGCUGCAGUAGAGGGGCCCCUGGGUUUGCUGCUGCUGCAGCGCAUACCCCUAGAGCAGCAGCAAGAGCAGCAGCAGCAAGAGCAGCAGCAGAAUGCCUUACAGGUGGAACUCCUCUCCCCCACCGCAGCCGUCAGAAGAAAAGAGGCAGCAGCAGCAGCAGCAGUCCGACUGUGGCAACCGGAGCAGCAGGAGCAGCAGCAGCAGGGAGAGCACCAGCAACAUCAGCAGCACCGCAGCCUCUGGGAGGCCAUGAGGUCACUUGUGCUUCCACUGGCCCGGCCUACCUGUGCUGCGAGUACAGCAGCAGCAGCAGCAGCAGCAAAAACUGCAGCAGAAGCUGCAGCUACAGCACACUUGGUGCAGCAGGAAGCAGCAUUUAUUCUCGCUGUAGCUGCUCUGCGCAAUGGACAACAGGAGCUUCGGGAUGGACUUUUGGCUCAAGAUGUGCUGCUGCGGGGUGCGCUGCAAGACAUCGCCACUCUGCGGCGGCGACGGCAGCAGCAGCAGCAGCACGGGAGGGAAGAAAAGCAAGGGCAUGCAUUAGACAUGCAGCUGCGCGUUGUGCUGGCAGCCCUGCAGCUCCUCACUGCAGCAGCAGCAGCAGAAACCGCACUGACAGCAGCACCGGAUAGAAGCGCCUUCGGUGAAGGCGGGUGGGCCGCUGUAGGCAUCCAUGAAUUGCUGCUGCCGCUGCUGCACCACCACCACACGCAGCAGCAUGAACGGCAGCCGGAGGUGCCAGAGCAACAGCAGCAGCAGCAACAGCAUCAACAACUGCAGCAGCCAGCGCACCGGCAGGAAAGUCAGCCGGAGACGCCAGAGCAGCAGCAGCAACGGCAACAGCAGCAGCAACAGCAGCAGCAACAGCAGCGGGAAGCAUCUGCAGCAAGAGAAGCCGCUUUAUGGGCUGGCUGUUUUAUUCUGUCAUUGGACUCUUUGCCUCUCCCUCUUGCUGCUGCCCUCCAGCACGGCGUGCUGCACGAACUGCAGCACCGCCUGCACCACCACCAUCACCACCACCACCAGCACCAGCACCAGCACCAGCAGCAGCACCAGCAGCACCACCACCACCACCACCAGCAUCAGCACCAACAUCAGCAAUACCAACAACACCAGCAACACCACCGAGCUGUGAAGACAGCAAGCUCUCCUUGCAUUCGCUGCGGCAACAGUAGCAGCAGCAGCAGCAGCAACCCUUUUUGCACAUCAGGUGCCGGACUAACGCUGCACUGCGUGUUGCUUCUGCUGCAGCAACCCGACGAACAGCUGCAGCAGAAAGCUGAGCGGCUGCUGCCUGUUAGCCUAGGCUACUUGCUGCAUAAUGAACCGCUGCUGCUGCUGCGGGGGAUGCCGCUGCAGCAGGUGCUGCUGCAGACUCUGCAAGGAAGACAUGCCCAGCACUUGGUGCUGCAGCAGCUGCUGCGUCUCCUUCCUCAGUGCAACGCAGCUGCUGCAGCAGCAACACUGGUAGACAUAAUUGCAGCUGCAGCCCACGCCAGCUUGUGCAGCACGGGGCUGCAGCAGCACAGCAGUGAGGAGGAGGCAAUAUGUUUAGUUGUUGAUGUGCUGCGGGAGUUGCUGCAGCAGCGGGCUCCUCUGGAGUUACUGCAGUGCGCAGGAGCUGCUGCACUUGCUGCUGCAGCAGACAGGUGCGGUUAUGUAAGACUUGCAGCAGCAGAAACUGCAGCAGCAGCAGCAGCAGCAAUGGCGCAACGGCCUCAUGCUGCAGCAGCAGAAACUGCAGCAGCGGAGGAUAUUUGCAGCACUGCUGAGUCUCUUCUUGCUGAAGGAGAACCGCUGCUGCAGCGGCUUGCUGCAGCAGCAUUAGCCAGGUAUUUGUGCAGCAGCACACAGAUGGCUGUUGCUCUGCUGCAAUCUGCUGCAUGCCCUCUUGCUGCAGCGCAGCACGUGCUGCAGUUGCGUCUACUGCUGGCAGGAGCAAAGAUCGGGCCGUGGGAAGCAGCAGCAACACACGCAGCGUACUGCAGCUGCAUGAAGAUAACACGACUGCUGAGCGACGUACCUAGCUGCUGCACCAACACCGUAGCAGCAGCAGCCGCUGACAGUCCCGCUGCUGCAGAGAGUGCAUGCUCACUGGCAACAAAUGCAGCAGCAGCAGCAGCAGCUGACUCCACAAAGGAAACCAGUGGUGCGAAUUCAACAGCGCCUACUGGCGAAGCUACAGGCAGCAGCGGCUGCUGCUGCUGCAGCCUAUGCGCUCUGCCACAGGAGCAGCAGCUGCUGCAGCAGCUGCAGCAAAGGAAGCACCAGAGGCGGGGGCUACAUAUGCUGCAGCAACGGUGGCGUAUCUGUGGCAGUGUUGCAGUUCUAUGGGGAGCGCUGGCAAAUAUAUGCAUGUUUAAGCAGCAGCGGCAACAGCAGCAACAGCAGGAGCUGCAGCACCGACGGCAGCAACUGUACCAGCAGCAGCAGUGGCAACAGCAGCAGCAGGUGGGCGCCGUGCUGCUCAACGUUUUGCAGCCUGCAUCUGUUGUCAUAGUAGAAAGUGACGCACGAAUCAGAGCAGCAGCAGCUGCUGCUGUUCUCCAGUUGUUCCGCUGCUGGAGAGACACCGCAGCAGCAGCAGAAGCUGGUGCUGCAGCUGCAGCUGAUGCCGAAUCACUGGAGGCAUACCUAGGUGCAUUAGUACAUGGGGCUACACCGCCGCCAGCAGCAGCAGCAGCGCAGCAGCAGCUGCUUCUGCUGAAGCGAGGCAUAUCCGAAUCUUCUCCAUUUCCUAUCAUCCCUCCUGCAGCACUACCAGAUGAGCUAGGCUACCUGUGCCAGCUAGCAGCGCAACUCAAGGAAUCUGUAGAAUCGGAGUGGCUGCCGGCGAGCUGUGCGGAAAUUGCUGCUAGGAGCUGGGCCAGAUGCAGCAGCAGCAGCAACAGCAGCAGCAGCAGCAGCAACGGCAGCAGCAACAACAGCGACAGCAGCAGCAGUAGAUGCCGUGUGAGAAGCUUGUCUGCUACAGUUGAGUCCGCUACAGCAUGGCUGCGGUGUCUCUGCUGCCUACAUCAGCAGCGCUGCUGCUUGCUGCUGUUGCCUGCUUCCUUUGGGCCCAUAGCUUCUCUCUUGGAGGAGUUGCGUCACCAGAAGGAUACCCCUCUGUAUGUACAACGCAUGCAGAUGCUGCAGGUGCUGGACGUGCUGCUAUGGGAGGUGCAGUACGAGCAGCAGCAGGUGCAGCACGGGGGAGCAGCGCGCCUUUGUGAUGUAAUACUGCUGCUGCUUGACUCUGCAACGGCAGAGAUGAGCAAGUCUCUGCAGCAGCAGCAGCAACAGCACAAGCAGCAGCAACAUCAGACUCAGCAAGUCUUGCCAUCCCUCACUGUGCAACAACCACAGCAGCAGCAGCAAUCCCCAGAGGUGCCACAGGACUAUCCACUGUGCUGCGCCACGCUGCCGCCGCAGCAGUCGCAUAUUCAGCGUCAGCAACAGCAGCAGCAACAGCAGCAACAUCAACGACACCCUGGAGGACAUGGUGCCGAAGAUAAGCCCUUCGAGCAGCCUAAGAUGCGGCGGCAGAAGCAGCAGCUGCUGCAACUCCUGCCGGAUAGACACAUGAGCCUCAGCAGCAGCAGCAGCAGCAGCAGCAGUGGGAGCGGGAAGCUCUCAAGAUCCAGCCGCAUGGCAGAUCUUUCAGGAGCUGCUGGUUCUGCUGCAGCUGCUGGUUCUGCUGCAGCAGCUGCUGGCUUGCCGCCAGUAUGUACAGCUAAACGGGACACUGAGAGAGCCUUCCAAGCCCGGCCUGCUGCUGCUGCAGCAGGUGCAGCAGCAGCAGCAGCAGUUCUUGCUUGUUAUACAGGCGGCGUUGACUUGGGCUGCCGAGAGGGGAAUCAAGAAUGCAUGGUGUUGCUGCCAACUACACCGCAGCAGGAAGCCUUCUUGCUGCUGGACCUGCUGCUGAAGCUGCAGUUGCAUGCAGACUCUAACGCCUUACUACCUCGCCUAACCCGCUUGCUGCUGCUGCAUAAAAAAGCUCACGAGAUUGUAAACAGUCUUGAUCCCUGCAGCAGCAGCAGCACAGGUGACUGUAGCAGCAGCUGCUGCUGCUUUACCUGCACCAGCAAAGCUAUGCUUACUGGCUAUUGUUCUGUGUGUGAGCAUUCAAUAUCUCUUAUACGCAGCUGCUGCAGUCAGCGCGUGUGGAGCGGCAUGCUUCCUCUGCUGCUGGUGCUGCUGCACUGCACCCCCGUUGCCAGCAGCAACAGCAGCAACGUCAGCAACAACUGGUGCACCGGCGUUCUGGGGUUGGUGCGGGCAAUAUCUGUUGUUGCAGGAGGGUGUGGUCCGGGGCCAGCAAAGCAGCGAGCUGCUGCGGCUGUGGCAGUUGCAUGCGCAGCAGCGCAUCACCAGCAGCAACAGCAGCAGCAGCAACAGCAGCAGCAGCAACAAAGCUCUUGGAGGCACGGCCGCAGGACGGAGCAGCAGGUGCAGGAGGCAGCAAUCCUGCAGUCGGCUUCCAGUGCCCUCAGCAGCGCGCAGCAGGCACUGCAGCACCAACUGCAGCAGCACCAGCAGCAUCACCUGCACCAACACCAGCAGCAGUCGGAGUUCGGCGGCCGCCGCACAGGGGGACUGCACUGCAGCAGGGUAGGCAGUGGCAACGGGGGAGUUCGUCGCUCUCUAGGAGAUGUUUUCUCUUCCUUUGCCAAUUCCUCGAGCACAGGUACAGUGGCAUCUAGUGGGGCUCCAACAGGUGCAACAGCAACAGCAGCACCAGCAGCAGCAGCACCACCAGCAGCAGCAACAACAACAACACCAGCAGCAGCAGCAGUAGCAGCAUGGCGACAUUCACAUAGGAGGCAGUUGCGGUCUGCCCCUGCGUCAUUAAGAGAGACGAGGGGAUUGCGUCUAAAGCUAUGGGAUGCAGCACAAGGCGGCCGCGUAGACUGUUGGGAGGAUUGGUGGCAGCGGCUGCACGGGCUGUACGUACACCGCAGCAACUUGGCGUGUAUUGCUGCUGUCGCGCCUUUGGCAAAGGCUGAUUCUGAUGAUGCAGCAGGAGCAGCUGCUGCUCCUAGUGGAGGCACCGCAGCGGAGGAGAAGGGAGCAGCAGCAGCAGCUGCUGCUGUAGUUGCAGACAAGUUGUUUGCUGUUGCUCUCUGCGAGGACUGUUUUGCCUUAAGGGCGGAGCAGAAUUUAGAGGCCGUCGCAGCUAUAAACAACGGGUUUGCGCGUUGCCUGCAGGAAUCCCCCGUGUCUGUAUGCCGUCGCGCGGUGUCUCUUGGGGUGUACAUGCAGCAGCGGCAGCAAAUGCAACAUCAGAUGCCGCUGCAGGCUAAACAUGUGCUGCUAGAGCAGCAGUUCAGGCAGCUAGAGAGACUAGCUAAGGAAGUGAUGUUUGCUGUUGUGGUAGAUUCUAGUCAGCCGCCCGCAAGCAGCAGUAGCUAUGCUGCAGCAGCAGCCACAGCAACAGAAGCAGCAGUGGCAGCACAAGGCGCUGCAGCUGCUGCUCCUCCUCCUGCAACACCAGCAGCAGUAGCAGAGGCGCAUGCGCAGAUCGCGCAGUCAAUGUGGCGAUGCUUUGCAUUCUAUGACUCCUUCCACCCCAUGAGGAAAGCAGCAGGAGCAGCUACUGCUGCUGCUGCUGCUCCUGCUCUCCGCAGGACACUGCAGCAGAUGCAGCUGCUGCCACCCAGCGCUGCUACCCAGGGUCCAACAACGGCAGCAGACACACUUGACGAAACAGCAGCAACAGCAGCAGCAGCAGCAACAGCAGCAAGCCCUCACCAUUUGAAGCCCACCACCGGCAGCGGCAUGUCGGGGCACGCGAGCCUGCAAGCUCUGUACUGGAUGGGGUUGUGGAGCGACGCGCUGGGCGUAGCAGCGCAGCAGCAGCAACAGCAUCAUGAAGCAGCAGCAACAUCGGAGGCCUUGACAGCAGCAGCAGCUGCUGCUGCAUUUAACUGUAGAGACUAUGAAGCACUGCAGCUCUACAGCAAACAGCUAGGGGAGCCCUACGCAAGAUACUUCUACACUGCAGCUGGGUCUUCUUGCUGCCACACCACUGCAACAACAGCAGCAGGAGCAACUGCAGCACAGGCUGCAGUUGAUACUGCAGCAACUGCAGCAGCUGCUGUUUGCCAUGGGGCAUGCAGCAGCAGCAACGGAAUGCUGCAAGCACUUCAGCAGCUGCAGGUUGAGGCGUUACGUGCCUCGGCAGCAGCAGAUUUUACUGCUGGGCGAGGUGCAGCAGCAGCAGGAGCAGCAGCAGAAGCAGGAAGCAGCAACAGCACCGGUUGCUUCACUGCUGCUCUUCACAAGCUGCCGCACGGAGCAUUACUGCUUCCCGGAGCUCUGCGCAAGGUCGCAGCGGCGGGAAGUUUGCAGAUGCCGUCUACAGAAGUGUAUCCUCUGCUGCGUUGCACGGCAGCAGCAGCGAGCUGCAGCAGCACAGAAGCCUACAGUGGAUCGCUGCUGCAGUUGUUACUACCUCUGCUGCACUACCAGCAGAAGCAGAGGCAGCAGCAGCAGCAGCAGUGGGACCCCUGGUGUCUGCUGCUGACAGCACGGGAGCUUCACCGGCUGGGGCAGCAGCAGGAGGCCCUGCAGCUGCUGUCGCUUGCAACAGAUUCCUCGUGCAGCACCAGCAGCACCAGCAGCAGCAGCGGCAGCAGCGCCAACCUUGGAAGGCUACAGCUUCCAUCGGUGCCGCGUCCCCUGCAGCAGCUGAUGCAGCUGCCGGCGCAUGCGCCGCAGCAACAGGAGCUGCUUCUGCUGCUCCGUGCAUGCAGAGCGACUGUGCCUGCUUCUGCUGCAGCAGGUCUAACAACAGCAGCAGCAGACACAGUCACCGCAACAGCAGCAGCAGCAAACCGCCUAGCGCCUCAACAAGAAGAAGUGUUGCAGGCUGCUGCUGCUGCUGCACUGCAGUGUUGCUGCCGCCUUACUCUGGCCAAGUGGACCGACGAAGUGCAGGAGCUGCCUUUGCAUGCCACCACUGGAUACAGCAGGAGCAGCAGCAGCAGUCUGUCUCCUGCUGCUACAAACUCGCUCCUGCGAUUUGCUGCAGCAGCAGAAGCUGCACCUGCUGCGGUUCGCGCUGCAGCAUCAGCAGACUGCCCGGCUGCUGCUGCUGCAGCUGCGGCUUGCUGCUACAACUGGGGUAUCUCCAUCUUGCGUGCGGUGGCUCCAAUGCAGCCACGGGCGUCGCGGCAGAAGCAACAGCGGCAGCAACAGCAGCAGCACGAGACAGUGGUAGAGACAGCAGCAGCAGCAACAGCAAUGCAUGCAGAGGAUUCCUCGCAGGCGCCACUUCUUCUAGAAGAAAUGCCGCAGCUUCCUGCUGCCUUGCGGCAGUGGCAGCAGCAGCAACAACAACAGCAGCAGCAACCAUCAGGCAGCAAGGGUCAAGGACUGCAUCUUUCUGCUGGUGUGCAGCAGCAGCUGGUGCUAGAGGCCCUCAAGUCGUUGCUGCGUGCUGCUCGUCUAACUGCAACAACAGCAGCAGCAGAUACGGCAGCAGGCAUAGAGUUUGCAUUGGCGCUGCUGCAUGCAAUUGGAUUGGCAGGCUCUGAAGACCCCAGAGUAGAGCAGCUCGUGUCCGCGGAGAUGCCGUCUUUGCUGCGGCUCCAGCAGCCUCUUCUGCACCAGCUGCUAGCAAAGACAGCAGCAGCAGAGACAAAGCAUCAGGAGCGGCUGUACACCCAAAUUCUAAUUCAGUUCGGCAGUCCUAGUCUGGUGCGUGCAGCAACAGCAGCAGCAGCCGCUGCAGCAGCAUCUCAUGGAUCCCUGCUGCAGGAGGCGCGUUGCCUGCAGCAGCAGCUAAUGCAGGUGUCUGUACACCUGGGGGAGAGAUGGUUUGCUGCUCUUGAUACAGCAAGCCACCUUGCUUUUGAUAAGAAGCAGCAUGCUGCUGCAGUCCGUUUGCUGCUGCCCCUGCAUGAAGACACGCUAAAGGGACCAAAGUGUGCGGCAGAUGCUGCCUUCUUGCAGCAGCACGGAGCUGCACUGCAGCAGGCGUACAUGGGUUUGCAGUCCUUCAUUUCGCAAGGACAACCAGGAGUGCGUAUACACCGUGUGCUGCCUCGUGUGUUGGUGUUACCAACUAAGGAGAGGCCUCGCGUUAUAACAAUGGAAGGAAGGAAUGGCUGCUGCUAUCGAUUCCUCCUUAAGGCACAAAUAGAUCUAAGACUGCAGCAACGAAUUCUAUUGGUCUUCAAGUACAUAUCGCGUCUGCUGCAGCAGCAGACGCUACAAUUGCCCUGCUGCUGCCCUGCAGCAGCAUCAGCCCCAACAUUAAAGGAUUUACUAGGGAAAUAUCGCCGCAUGCAACGUGUCCCCUUAAAUUUAGAGUUGUCCCUCUUCACGGCAGAGAAGCAGCAGCAGCUGCAUAUGCUGCAGCAGCAGCACCAGCAACAGCAGCAACAGCAGCAGCACUUGCACGGCGGCCAUAGCAGCAGCAGCAAUGCAAGCGCUGCUCAACGUGCUGCAGCAAGUGCUGCUAAAGAUGCACCAGAAGUGGUAGGCUCAGCUGCAGAUGUUCUCUUCUCACGCACCAGCAGCACCCUAUGCAGCAGCAGCGGCAGCAGCAGCCUAUGCAGCAGCAGCAGCUAG